AUGUCGUUCAUCAAUAUCUGUCGUGAUAAUACCGACCCGUUCUACCGUUACAAGAUGCCUCCGAUCCAGGCCAAGGUCGAAGGUAGAGGUAACGGUAUCAAAACUGCCAUCCCUAACUUGAGUGAAGUUGCCCGUGCUUUGGGAAGACCCCCAGCAUAUGUGGUGAAAUACUUUGGUUACGAGUUGGGUGCUCAGACAACCAUGAAGGAAGAAGAAGACCGUUACUUGGUCAACGGUGCGCACCAGCAAAACGAGUUGCAAGAUUCGUUGGAUGGAUUUAUCACCAAGUUCGUCUUGUGCGGUGCUUGUAAGAACCCAGAAACUCAAAUCACAAUCAAGGGCAAAGGUAUUUUGCAGAAGGAUUGUAAAGCCUGCGGUCGUAUCACAGAUGUGGACUUGAGACACAAGUUGUCUUCAUACAUUUUGAAGAACCCACCUCCAACUUCCGGUAAGAAAGCUGCUACUGCAACUGCCAAUGUUGUUGGUGGCGGUAAAUCGAUUUCUGACAUUGCUCAAAACGCUGAAGGUGGUGAUUCAGCUCCAGCUGCAGAUGAUGAUGACGAUGCUUUGACUAAGAAAAUCAACGCCGAAGCUGCUGCUUUGAGUGCACAGGCCAUUGAGGUUGCAGACGAUGACUGGGCCGUGGACAUGUCUAAAGAGGCGAUUGAAGCUAGAGCCAGAGAAUUGGAAGGCCUCAAUCUUAAUGAUACCCAGACCAAGCUUACUGAGUUCGGUGACUGGUUAUUGGCUGAGUCCAAGGAGUCUAAGGAAGACUUGCCUUCUGACAUUGAUAUCUACAAGAAGAUUGCCGAGUUGGAGCUUUUAGAGACACACGACGUUGUCCUUGUUUUGGCGCAAGUUUUGUUUGAUGAAAACAUUGUCGAUCAGAUCGAAGAGCAUUCCGGUUUGUUGGCUAAGUUGAUCAACGACGACGAGGACUAUGAGAAGGCGUUUUUGGGCGGCUUGGAGAGAUUCUUGGGUUUGGAAAAGCCAGAGUUGAUUCCUAUUUUGCCUAAGAUUUUGGUCAAACUUUAUGACAAAGACUUGAUCAGCGAAGAAGUUAUUCUCAGCUGGGGUUCUAAGGUUUCCAAGAAGUACGUUCCAAAGGAUAUCUCCAAAAAGGUCCGUAAAGCAGCCAAGCCUUUCAUCAAGUGGUUGCAAGAGGCUGAUGAGGAGUCGGAUGAAGAGUAA